CAAACACUAGUCAAUAGUACAAUUCUAUUCCCACACUUCAAUCUGAACCUUUUUUUUCUAGUCAAAGCUAACUAGCUUUUCUAUUGUCUUGCUAUAACCUAGCAAGUCUUACAUAUUCACUAUUACCUCCUAGUUUGUUUUCGUUUCUUUCUUUCGUUCUUUCUUUUUUUGAGAAUACCUGUCCUGUUGUUUACUUAUUUUUUCUCGAAAAAUGGGAAGGGGUUUAGUUGGUAUAGCUCAUGCAAAAAACAAACUUCGACGAUCGAUUUCACAUAAAAAUGAAAGUGUAUCACCAACAACCACGACUAAUUAUGUUCCAAAGGGACAUUUUGUAGUAUAUGUUGGUGAAACAUGUAGAAGAUUUGUUGUUCCAAUAGCACAUUUGAGUCAUCCUUUGUUUCAAGAUUUGUUACAUUGGGCUAAAGAAGAGUUUGGGUACAGCCAUCCAAUGGGUGGUCUAACAAUUCCAUGUAGUGAAGACUACUUCAUUAGUCUCACAUCCCUACUUAAUAAGUCAUCAUAGACCAAACAAAACCGAAAUAAUGUAUACUUCAUGGUUCAUCAAAACGAUACAGAGAAGAUUAGCAUAAUUUCUUACUUCGACAUACUGAUUUAUUUUUUCCUUGUAUUUAUUUGCUGAAAGAGAGUUGACUAAGUCAGCUCUCUUUACUUGUAAUUUAUACAUACAUAAUACAUUCUU